AUGGAAUUUUUCGGGAAUAAGCCUCGGCCCAAGACAAAAAAGGUCAAACGUUUAAAUGUUUCCAAGCCAAAAAAAGAAUACAACUUACUUGAAGAUUCUCAGAAAUCCAGUCCAUCAAAUUCUCAACUGCGUGUUUCAACUUGUAUUGAAAAUAGUAACACUCAGAUGAAUGAAAAUAUUAAUAACAUAUGUAGCAUAUGUUAUAUUAGCCCUAAAAAUGGUGCAUUUAAUCACGGAAAAAUUGCUCAUAUUUAUUGUUGCUACUCAUGUGCUAAAAAAUUGUGGAGAAAAACAAAUAAAUGUCCCAUAUGUAAUGUAACAACAAAAUUUGUGACAAAAAUGAUUGUUGUCUAG